GGUUCACGAUCACAAGUGUUUAAGACCACUUUUCAAUUUUUGGAUCGAGAAUCAUCUUACUUCCUUUACUUCAAGCAUUAUCUUUCAUAAUUUGGAUCUGGUUCGAGUCAUAUCUUAUUGAUUGCGAUAAUCUUGAAAGCUUCAGGCAGUUCUUGCAGCAUAUCUAGAGAUCGUGCUUUGUCUUGCGCAUUGUUGCUUUGCAGAGCUACUCGCGACGAUAUUCCCCCCUUUGCUGGGAUCGCCUAGUGAAGCUUCUCAGGAUCAAAAGUUGCCUGCUAUUUUCCAUCCUCGAGUCUAAUAUAGCCAUCACCAUAACAACGAUAGCCUUUAGAUAAGAAUGUCCGCUGCCCCAACACCCGCAAAAGGAAUAGGUGGGCGCAAGCUCAAAUCCUGGGAAUUGCCCAUUCAAAAUCCCGCCGAUAUAUACUCCAAUAUGUCCGACUUUCUCGCAUACAUUGAAAAUGAACCACUUAGACCCUGUCUAGCCACUAUCGCAAACCAACUUACCCAAAUGUACGAGGCGAAUGAUAACGAUGCUCGACAUUUCACUCACAAUUUACAGAAAAGAUUUCAGAAAGAAUGUGAUGGAUAUGAUACCGAUACAGCGAAGUUUAUCGAAGAUUUGGCUUUGGGAUUGCAGACGAGAAUUGCGAGUCUGGAUAAGACGAUGCCGAUUCCGGAGGAUUGGCCAAGGCAGAUGGAGGAUUGGCACAACAAACAGCUCUCAACUUUCCAACUAAAACUCAAGCAAAAGAAACAAAGAGUCACCGCAUCCCUCGGAAAUCAAGACUCGGAAGCGAAAAAGAAGCGCACAGCAGUGUUUGUAGAUCAAGAAAGAACGCUCUUGAAUCUAUUUUGGGAAAUCAAGAGAUCUAUUGAUUCAAAAGAACGAACUCUUGACGAAGUAACCAGCACAUUAGCGCUUCAAACACCGAUACGAACAACCGCUUCUAAUAGUUUCUUCUCGGCUCGUACGAUGUUACCAUCUGGUCCUACGAGAUCGAUGACCACACCGAGUAGAGAGAGGCCGAGGGGCCCGGAAAGAACGUCGACGAAUAAGAGACAGAAAACUGUGAAUCAUUAUGAUUUGACUGCUUCGCCUGAAUCGCCGGAGCAGUAUUAACUUCUAGAUGUGGAAAAUUUGUUUACGAAUUUGGGACUAUUUGGGUUGGUUUGGUGAUAUUCCUGCUUUACUGUGAUUAGGAUUUGGUGGGGUUAGGGUUAGGAGAUCAAGGAAUUUGAUCAUUCAAGUUGCCAUUACUGAUUGAUGCCCCCUAGGAACAAGCACAUUGAUGUAAUUUUGUUGCUAUUAAAUGAUUCCGGUGAUACAUCAAUGAUACCAUGUUGAAUAAGUGAAUCAUUUAGGAUUAGGGUGACUUCACCUCUCAUAUUAAGAUUCUAUGACAGUACAUAUAUUCUCGAGUGUAUAUCAUCGGAGGAAAAUAACAAGAGUGAGAAUGCGCCA